AACGAAACUUUUAUUUUCAAAUCUCACCCAGGCGUAUGUUCCCAACCCUGCGCUGUUCAUUCACGGGCAUCGAGUUGGACGCCCGGUAUCUGGUGCUGAUGGACAUCGUGCCGGUCGACAACAAGCGGUACCGGUAUGCCUACCACCGCAGCUCGUGGUUAGUGGCCGGUAAGGCCGACCCCCCGUCGCCGGCCAGGCUGUACGCCCAUCCCGACGCCCCCUACAGUGGCGACCAAUUACGCAAACAAGUGGUUUCGUUUGAAAAAGUCAAACUCACCAACAAUGAGAUGGAUAAGAGUGGACACAUUGUGCUGAACUCAAUGCACAAAUACCAGCCCCGGGUGCACCUCGUGAUGAGACGCGACCCGCACACAGUCAACAAUCCCGUCACUGAUCUCGAGUCCGAACUCUACCGCACUUUCGUCUUCCCGGAGUCCAUCUUCACUGCCGUCACUGCCUAUCAAAACCAAUUGAUAACUAAACUAAAGAUAGACAGCAAUCCAUUCGCCAAAGGAUUCCGUGAUUCGAGUCGACUGACAGAUAUCGAGCGCGAAACGAUGGAAAGCCUAAUGGGCGACAACUACGGCUACCCCCGACCACCGAUGCCUCCGCCGUACUUUUUCGCCUCAGGCGACGAGCAGACCAACGCCCUGCUCCGCGAGCGAGCCUACCUGUCCGGUCUCAUCGGUCCCCCACCGCCUCCACCGCCACCUCAGUUCAUGAGGGGAGCGCCGCCUAUGAUGUGGCGAACGCCGCCCACCUCUGGAGGGAUGCCUAACAGCAUACCGAUGUCCAGCGAUCUGUACAAUUUGAUAGCGGCCUCAGCGGCGGCCUACCCGGGCUGGUACAACGCCCAGGCCCUGGCAUCGGCAGCGGCGUCGCCCGGUUUUAGGGGUGGCCCCCAAAUGGCGCCCCAAUCCCUGGCCUUAGCGUUAGCGGCCGCCUCACAAUCGCCUCACCUCUGGCCGGGCGGUCCUAUGGGUGGUCAGCCGACGUCGGCAUCGGCACCACAACUACCUCUCGGUCUGACCGCCGGUCGUAAGGCCGCGGAUUCCAAUUGAUGAGCGCCUGUACCCACUGUUUCGGUGUUUAUAUGCAAAUGGAUAUCAAUUU